UGGAAAUUUCGAUUGUUGUCAACUUAUAUAUAUUUAAACAAAGCUGAAAGCUAUCGUCUCUUUUUCUCUUUGCUUUUCUUUUUAACUCUUUAAAAUGCGCUGUGACCAAUUUUCUCUUGGCUUGAUUGCUACUCUUCUCGUAAUGUUCAGUUCCAACACUUUGGCUGAUGGUUUUGGAGAUACUCUAGACGGUGCUAUUUCAGUGGUACAGACAACUGGAUUAAGUGAUGGUGCCCUCUCUGGUGUCAAUAACGGCCUUCAAGGCAAAUCUACCGGGCAAACAGGUACAUCAAAUUCUGGUUCUGGCAUUAGCAGUCUCACAGGAAACACUGCCCAAAAUACAGCUGCAAUCACCAGUACCGUUCUUUCACAGAUCGAGAAAUCAAAUGCGUUUAGUGGACGUCCAAAGGUAGAUGAAGCGAGUACUUUUGAUGCAAAAAUAGCCAGAAGAUCUUACCUUACGCGUGCUAAAGUUCGCCGAGAUACACCAUCUACGUUAAUACCACCUAUCGUUAUACCCCAGAUUCUAGCUAAUCAGGCUGCCGCUACUCAACCUCAAUACACACAACCUCAACCGUAUCUUCAGCCCCAAGUUGCUCAGCCUGUUGUUCCACAAGUUCAGCAAGUGGCCCCUGCGCCAGCUGCACAAGCACCACCACCACCACCACCAGCAGGAAGUAGCGAAGACGAUGAAGAAGAUGAAAAUGAAGAAGAUGAAGAAGACUAUGAUGCUGAUGAUCUUGUAACACGUCGCUGAUUUUUUUUCUUUGUUUGCUUCCUAAAAAAAAAGGCUGUAUUAUUAUCCAGAAUAUACUUGAGCAGUCUAUAUACACACAUGUCUCUCGCCAUUUUUGACAUUCCUAUUUAAUUUUAACUAAUCAAUAAAGAAAAAAAACCAAACAACUUUACAGGUUGACUAUA